AAGGGCAUGUCUGCUCUAGAGCAGUUCAUAAAUGAUCAGAAGAAGAAAGGAAGUGGUAUCAGCAGUUCAGCUUCAUUUUCUUCAUUUGAUUCACUUCGCAACAAGCUUCCAACGUCUAUUGGAGGAUUUUCCCUACUUUCCCGAAGCGAAACAACCGAUAGUCAGCAGUUAUUAGUUGGAGAUGAUUCUGGAGAUGGACAAUUGCCAGCUUCCAGAAAUCGAAAGAGUUCCGGAUGGUUUUCGCCGUCAACUCAAGAUGAAAGUAUGUUUGGAAUGACUCGAACUCAAAGAAUUAUUGCAUUUUUCAUGUGCAUUAUUGGAGCAAUAUUCUGUUUUUCUACUGCUGCUGUACUGAUUCCUGUAAUAUUGGUAUCGACUAGAAAGUUUGCCGGACUCAACACUCUUGGAUCUUUGCUCUUGCUUUUGAGUUUUGCAUUUCUACUUGGACCAAAAUCAUAUCUGACACAUAUGGCAUCACCACAACGACGUCUGGUUACUGUAUCCUAUCUGUCAGCAUUGUUUGCAACACUCUAUUCAUCCCUUUGGCUCAAGAGCACCAUCUUCACACUGAUCGCUGCCAUUUUCCAAGGCUUCACACUCGUAUGGUACGUGCUCUCGUAUGUUCCCGGCGGUGAACGUGGCUUAUUCUUCAUGACAUCUCUGUUCACUUCAUUCCUUCGUCGAUCGACAACAUCUACAGUACUCCCGAUAUAAUAUCAUUCCCCUUUGUUUUCAUUUUUGUCUGGUGUCUGCUUUAGCCAUCCUGGGUCCUUUUUCUCUGUACAUUUCGUUCAUAUUCCCCCGUAUUCCACUGAAUAUUUGUGAUAACGGCAUCUAAAUUAUGACGGUAUUUGUUUAUAGUGUAUUCGGAUAUAAAUGGUUGCGUAGUAUU